GCGCCCCACUCCAUCCAAAAUUCCCCAAUCCUAUAGCAAGCGAAAAUCCUAUAGAGCUCAGCAAGCGAAACCCAGCGCAGCGCAGCGCGGGCUUCUUCUCCCUCCUCCUCUUCGAAUUCGCGUGUUUUGGCGGCCAUCUUCCCUCCCAUUCCUCCAAUCCCCUCUACAUAACGCAACCGCCGCCGCCUCCCAUCUUCCCUCGCCGCGCACCGAAUCUCAAACCCUAUCUUGCCGCCCCGGGGAGCACGAGCCCGCCGACCAUGGCCGACAAGGAGAACGCGGCCCCCGCCGCGGCGGCGGGCCCCCGGCUCACCCGUGCCGCGGCCAAGCGCGCCGCCACCUGCUCCGCGGGCCCCUCCGGCGGCGCCAAGCGGAAGCGGGUGGCGCUCAGCGAGCUCCCCAUCGUCUCCAACGCGGGGGUCGUCCUCCGCCAGCCCUCGAAGCCCGCCAAGCCCGCGGCUGCGGCCGAGGGGGAGGAGCAGCACGGGGGCUUGAGCAGGUGCGCAUCCACCUCGCCGACCCCCGUCGGGGAGGAGGUCAGCGGCGGCGGCGGCAUAACCCAGCUCAGCGGGUCCUACGCCUCCGACAUCUACACCUACCUCCGCACUAUGGAGGUGGAGGCGCCUCGCCGGCCGGCGGCAGACUACAUCGAGGCGGUCCAGACGGACGUGACGGCCAACAUGCGGGCUAUCCUAAUCGACUGGCUCGUCGAGGUCGCCGAGGAGUACAAGCUCGUUGCCGACACGCUUUACCUCACCGUCUCCUAUGUCGACCGCUUCCUCUCUGCCAACCCGCUCGGGCGCAAUAGGCUGCAGCUCCUUGGCGUCGCCGCAAUGCUCAUUGCUUCGAAGUACGAGGAGAUCAGUCCCCCGCAUGUGGAGGACUUCUGCUACAUCACGGACAAUACCUACACCAGGCAGGAGCUUCUCACCAUGGAGAGCGACAUACUCAAGCUCCUCAACUUCGAGAUAGGCAGUCCGACCAUCAAGACCUUCCUCAGGCGGUUCACAAGAUCUGGCCCAGAAGACAAGAAGCGCUCCAGCUUAUUACUGGAGUUCAUGGGUAGCUAUCUUGCUGAGCUGAGUCUUCUGGACUACAGCUGUCUCCGGUUCUUGCCAUCAGUGGUUGCUGCUUCAUCACUUUUUCUUGCUAGUCUGACCAUUGGACCAGACACUAAUCCUUGGGGCAAGGAAAUGCAUAAACUGACAGGCUACAAGGCAUCAGAGCUGAAGGAUUGCAUUAUAGCCAUACAUGAUUUGCAGCUCAAUAGAAAGGGUCCAUCAUUACCAGCAAUUCGAGACAAGUAUAAGCAACACAGGUUCAAAUGUGUAUCGAUGUUGCUUCCUCCUGUCGAGAUCCCUGCAUCGUACUUCCAAGACUUAACAGAAUAGCUGUUCCUGGACCGCUCCACUGUAAAGCUAAUAACUCCGAGCUCAUCUUGAGCUCCUUGGGAUAAGGGAGAAUUACAGUUUCAGAGCAGGUUCUUAGACAAGUUAGAAUGCUGGAAGCUGUUUAGAUGCUUGAGGUUUAAAAGCCUAACCAGGAGCUUUUCAAUUCAUUUAGGAGCUAGGUUUAUCACAAGUAGGAGGCCAGGCAUUCUCUUCUUUUGUAGAAUUGUACUUCUGUAUUAUAUGUUAGAACAAUGUGCCUUGGUCUGUUUGGCCAAAUAUCUGUAAUGUUUGAUAUAUGUUCAUCCUUUGUCUUUGCUGA